UUUGGUUAAAAAAAACCUACAAAUUUGUCGGUAAAAGGAAAGAAGAAAUCGAAAAAAUUAAAUUUAUACCAUUUUGGUUGACCUUAUUCAGUUGGAGACGUAAUGAUCUAAGUCGUCACAGUCAAAAGAGUCAAAAGAGUCAAAAAAAUACUACUCAAACAUUAUUAUUAACAUCACAAAUAGUAAAUUCGCUCUUAUUUUUAAAUAUACUUAAUUUUAUUCCAAAAUUAAUAAUACGUGAGAUUUGGGCAUUUGUUAUAGAAUAUCUUAGUCCUGAGGUACCAGAAAGGUCCUACGCGCUUCGAAUUCUUGAUUAUUUUCAUACGCCAACACAAAUUUCAACCAUAUCUAGUCCUUAUAUGUUAUUUUAUUGUUACUUAUAUGCUGGAUUUUUAUAUCAGAACAUGGAUUACGUAUAUCAUGCAUUUAAAGUCUUUGCGGCUAUCUUAUUAUGGAUUAUACAUCGUUCCCAUUCUUCAAAUUAUCAUAUGAAUAUGCGAUCAUAUUCACAUCCUCAUCAAAAUAGUUCGUACAACAUAAUAAUUAUUCACAUGACUUUUUAUCUGUAUUCAUUAUUAACUACAACACCUCAAUUAUUCAACAAGCCAUUUUUAUCUCAAAAUCCGAAAGAUCUUUGGUCAAAAAGAUGGCAUCAAAUAUAUAGAUCAAGUUUUACAGAACUUGGUUAUUUUCCUAUAAUUAAUUUCUUUGAAAAAUUUAAUAAUUCAUCAUUAAGAGUAACAUUAUUAGAUUAUAUUAAUUCUGCUGGAAAAUUACUUAGAAGACUUGGUUCUUUAUUAGGUUGUAAAACGUUUUUAAGGAAUAAAAAGAUUCAAAAGGAUAUUCAAAGCAUCACAGAAAUUAUUAAUCAAAAUGAUGAACUUUUAAAGAACGAUCAAAUUUUUAAAAAUAAUGUUUCAACUUUUACUAUUAUUUAUAGUGAAAUUUCGAGAGCUUUAGCAGUUAUAGGUAGUUUUCUUUGGAGUGCUAUAUUGCAUGAAUAUUUAUUUAUUGGUUUAUUUGGUUGGAGUAAUAGUAGAG